AUGGCAUCACCAUCCAUCACAACAUCGAUUCCUACCGGUGAUAUCUCACAAUGGUGUCUAUACCCCAGAAACUCCCGCGCAACUCUAUUCGGUCUCAGUUGCCCUCAACCCUAUGAAAAAGGCACUUCCAUCUCACCCGCCGACUUCCAGGGUAUAUGCUGCAACGGCGUCAUCGUCGACACUUCCUUCGACAUAUACGGCAACUCCUCCUCGCCCAUCGUCCCCUACUCCAACCCAAACGGCGGGUCGCCCCAUCCCGUUAACCUAGAGAAUCUAGUCUGCUGCGGCGUCACCGGUGUUCAGACCGCUGCUAUAGAUUUUACGCCUACCCCUAGGACUGCCUGCGCCCCGGGCACCACUGGAACGCCGCUGGCCAGCCUAGCCGCGACGAAUGUCACUCGGGCCACGCAGUACCCCGUCACGUAUGCGGAUAGCACUCCUCCAUCGAGCAGCGUUGAUCCAUCUGCUACCGUGACGAAUGAUCUUUGGGGCUGGGCGAGCCCGACGUACGGCGCGUCGGGAAUGCCUAUAUGCUUUCUGGCUAACACGAAGGCGAGCGGUGUUAGCCUGGCUGAAGUGACCGUACCCGCAACAUAUGUUCCUCCGACUGCUUCGGCUACGGGCUCGGACUCGGCUGCAGAGCCCACUUCGUCGCCUUCGGGCGCUGCAUCUUGGGCUCAGCCGAAGACUCGCCUGUGUCUUACGUUGGGGCUCAUAGUUAUGAGCCUACUCGUAAUGUAG